AUGGCAAAUGACAGCACAGAUGAACUGACAUCUGAGGAGACACCAGAGGCUGAACCCAUAUAUGAAACUCUGACAUACCUGGACAAAACAGAGCAGAACCAACGGCUGGCUGUGGAGGAGCUCAUCAACACAGAGACCAGUUAUGUACAGAACCUUCAGCUGUGUAUUUCAGAUAUCCGUAAUCACCUCCAGAAAAAGCAGGUGAGGCAGGUCCUCCACACCAGGGGGUGCCCACCCCAGACAAUGAUGCACACCAACUCCCAUCAUAGCCAGAAUGAUGGGAGUUGUAGUCCAGCAUCAUCUGGAGGGCACCAAGUUGGCUAUCCCUCCUCUACACAUUUCCAUGGGUGUGAAUCGUGUAGCAAAAUGUUUUUAAAAUCCGCAACAGGCAAUCUCAAAUUCUGAAAACAACGACGCAUUAAGGAACUUAAGAAAGCUAAGCAUUUGUUCCUAGUAGUGAAAUUCAGAACUUGGGGUAGGCUAAGGCCACGCUAUAUAUUUAACAAUGGAUUAACAGUCAAUCCCUCUUCACAGGGAACUCUGUGAAUUGUAGCUUGGGAGGUGAGGGAAGGUUUCCUAACAAUUUGAAGCACCUUUCACAAACUACAGCUCCCAGAAUUGUUUGGGGGAAGCCAUGUCUGUUUAAAGUGGUAUCAUAGUACUUUAAAUAUAUGGUGUGAAUGUAGUCUAAGAAGCUACCAUGAUAGUCGGUGUGUAGGCUGCAGUGUGAGAUGCUUUGGGUAACAGUAUGUGGUAGCUCUUUGGGGAGAUGCUGUACAUUAUAGACUAAGACAAGGCAGUUCUUAAGCUGGUGCUAUACCUUUCCCCAGUCCCUUCUACAGCAAUGCAGAGUACCUGGCUAUUUAGAGGUCUGUCUACAGGUGACCACUGGGUCCUGUUGUCAGCAAGUUUUCUCCUGGUAGACAAUGACAAUUAAGCCCCAUCUUUGGUACAUCCAUUCUGCAAUGAUGUGAUCUCUGUUUCUCCAGUCCCAGAAUGCAUAGGUGUUUGAUUCUAGAUGUACCUUUAGAAGCAACAUUCGGAUUACUGUUCAAACAGUAAUCAUUUGCUCACUCAUGGACGCACAGAGAAAGAACUGAUGCAUUCUCCUAAUCUAUUAUGCCUUUUAGCUACCUGAGAUUGACCUGGAAGGACUUUUCUCCAAUAUAGAUGAUGUCCUGCACAUCUCCAGACGUUUCCUGAAAGGACUUGAAGCUGCAAUGAACCAGGAGCACGAGCAGCUCUACCGUAUCAGUGAGUGGGAAUAUAACAACCAGCCAUCUGAGACAGAUGUUAUUAAAUCAGUGAUAUGCUUUGUGUUACAUUAACUUCUGUUUAUUGCUAGCAAUAAUUGCUGUGAUGCUGACCAGCCAGAUGGAUGGGAUAUAAAGAUUAUUAUUAUUAUUAUUAAUUCCUCCUGUGUUUUCAAUAUUGAUCCUACCAUCUGUAGAAGCAGAAAAGAAUUAUUCUGAAGGUGUUUACAUGGCCAAGGAGCUAAACAAACUUUGGUAACUUGUGCUAAUAUUUAAUUCAUAACCCCAAAUCAUGGACAGGACAAAGGUCAUAGUACGGUUUCACUGGUAAUGCAAUUGCACCAAGCCAUUAAGAAAGGGGAACUAUAACUGCGCUGCAUAGGUUGCACAGCUGGAACAGAAAAAGAAAUGCAGGGAAAUCAUCAAGGUUGCAACCAAUUAGCAGAACAUAAAGAGGAGUCCUCAGGCAACUGCUACCUGAGCCAACCAUGCAUUGUUUUCUAAGCUAGAGUUUUCCUGGGCUUCUAGGUCAUUCUUUUGUGAAGAGAAAACAGAUGCCCUUUAUACUUUUCCCCAGCUGAAUGGGAACUGCUUGUGUGUAAGGCAUUCCCACAUAACUGGGUGAAAGUUGACAUGGUUCCACCAUAUUUAAAUGACUGAUGGACUGCGCCUUUCUCAUGGAAUUGGCACAAUGCUGUGAAAGGGUUGCUAAUUCUGGGAGUUGGGGUGGGCAGGAAAAAUGUGAUCAAAAUCUAGCCUCGUAGCAGGGUCCUAAACAUUCUCUCAGCUGCACAGGAGUUGCUCACGGACAAGUGACUCCUGCGUGUUUAGGGAAAUGUCUAAAGGGCAGUACGGUCAGUACUAAUUAUUUAGGUCAUCACAACAUGUUUUCAUGUUAUCUCAUUAAUAAUAAUAAUAAUAAUAAUAAUAAUAAUAAUAAUUUUAUUAUUUAUACCCCGCCCAUCUGGCUGGGUUUCCCCAGUCACUCUGGGCAGCUCCUAACAGAGGACUAAAAACAGAAUAAAACUUCAAACAUUAACAACUUUCCUAAACAGGGCUGCCUUCAGAUGUCUUCUAAAAGUCAGGUAGUUGUUUAUUUCCUUGACAUCUGAUGGGAGGGCAUUCCACAGGGCGGGUGCCACUACCGAGAAGGCCCUCUGCCUGGUUCCCUGUAACCUCACUUCUUGCAGUGAGGGAACUGCCAGAAGGCCCUCGGCGCUGGACCUCAAUGUCAGGGCUGAACGAUGGGGGUGGAGACACUCGUUCAGGUAUACUGGGCCGAAGCCAUUUAGGGCUUUAAUGGUCAGCAGCAACACUUUGAAUUGUGCUCAGAAACGUACUGGGAGCCAAUGUAGGUUUACAUUGGACCGGUGUUUAAGGACCGGUGUUAUGUGGUUUCGGUGGCCGCUCCCAGUCACCAGUCUAGCUGCCGCAUUCUGGAUUAGUUGUAGUUUCCAGAUCACCUUCAAAGGUAGCUCCAUGUAGAGUGCAUUGCAGUAAUCCAAGCAGGAGAUAACUAGAGCAUGUACCACUUUGGCCAGACAGUCUGUGGGCAGGUAGGGUCUCAGCCUGCAUGCCAGAUGGAGCUGGUAGACAGCUGCCCUGGACACAUAAUUGACCUGCACCUCCAUGGACAGCUGUGAUUCCAUAAUACUCCCAGGCUGUGCACCUGGUCUUUCAGGGGCACAGUUACCCCAUUCAGGACCAGGGAGUCCCCCACACCCGCUCACCCCGUCUGCCCAAAACAGUACUUCUGUCUUGUCAGGAUUCAACCUCAAUCUGUUAGCCACCAUCCAUCCUCCAACCGCCUCCAGGCACUCACACAGUACCUUCAUUGCCUUCACUGGUUCUGAUUUGAAAGAGAGGUAGAGCUGGGUUUCCGCAUACUGAUGAACACCCAGCCCAAACCCCCUGAUGAUCUCUCCCAGCAACUUCAUAUAGAUGUUAAAAAGCAUGGGGGAGAGGACGGAACCCUGAAGCACCCCACAAGUGAAAGCCCAGGGGUCUGAACACUCAUUCCCCAACACCACUUUCUGGACAUGGCACAGGAGGAAGGAGCGGAACCACUGUAUAACAUUGCCCCUUUCCUUUUUUAGCAGCAUAUCCUGUCAAGGAUUCCUUACUGGGAAAGUGAUGCUGAUGGAAUACAUAAGAGUUCUGCCAUCUAAUAGUUUGUAGAACAACUUCCGUGAGGGAAGAGAAAGUUGUAAGCUUGGCAGGGAUUAAAACAUUCCACAGUGACAAGCUGAAGACUAGGAAGAGGACCCAGGUGGUAGGGAAGCUAAAGGUAGGGAGCCCAGAGCAAAGGAGAUUGAAGGUAGUGGGUCAGCUUGGUAAUUUAGACGCUGGACUUAUUGAUCUUAUGUUUUAAUUUUAACUAACUUGCCAGCUCUGGAUACAGGCUUUUAGUUUUUCAUAAAAAGGAGAAGGGGGCCUCUUAAGUUCCAUAGGUAAGGAUCAAAGAUUAAUUGUUUAGAGGACAACUAUUGCUGCUGUUACUUUCGUGGUUCUGAGGGUUUUCUUAGGCACCUGUCUUGGAGAUGUGAUUGGUGUGCUGCAGAAUCAAUAUUGUACCUUUGCUAUGGUAGGCACCUUAUUCCAAGAGCUCAAAGAGGAGAUGGAAAACACCUAUAAAAUUUAUUGUGGUGACUAUGAUCAAGCUCUUCUACUGCUGGAGAUUUACAGGAAUGAGCCAAGGCUGCAGAAAGAGAUUGUGGAUACCCUGACUGUCACAGUGUAAGUAGCUCGCUUGAUAGUCAGAAACAUGUGACCCAGAUUUCAAAUGUGAAAUGGAAGUUGGCUUGUGAAUGGUUGUCUACUUAAGGGGGAGCCAAUGUGAUGCUCUCCAGAUGUUGUGGACUACAACUCCCAUCAUCCCUCGUUGUUAGCUAUCCUGGCUGGGGCUGAUGGGAGUUGUAGUCCAACAACAUCUAGAGGGCACCACAUUAUUUCUGGUUUACUUGCCCUCCACAAUGUAUAGUUACUCCUCACAUUCGUCUUGCUUCUGUUGCCUGUGUCAUUGUUGGUGGUUAAUCCGAAGGUCCACCAAUGGCAAUGAGGAACUGAACCAGGAACUUCUGUUUUUCAACCUAUUCAGCAGUGUGUUUCUGGAUAUGGCUAAAAAGAUCAUGGCCAUGUUGUGAUGCAGUGCCCACUCGGAGGCCCUGCUGCAGGCAGCUAUUCCCAGGCACUGUUACUUCUUCCUUCCAUCUGUUGGAGAAGAAUCAAUCCCAGGGUGAGUUCGUUAGCUAAACAAACAUGACACUGUGUGUAAUGAGGCAAGGACAUCAGUCAGUGGCUGGCAGCAUCUGCGUCCUUCGGGUCAGUCCAUCACUUCAGCUGGCUGAGACUGUUAUCUGAGUGACUGAGCACGGCUGUGAGAGGCGACAGUUCUCUUUUGCAAAUGAGCAAGCACAAGCUCCCCAAACCAGAGAGUGGAAAUCUGCCAAGGUCUACGCAGGUCAAUGGAACAAAGCGUACAUUAGUUAACCCCAGCUAGUUUCUAGCCCUGAAUUGGUGUGUGUGUGUGGAAUCAGUAAGAGAAUGAACAGAGAAUAAAGGGCAAGAGCAGAGUGCAAAUAUGGUCUAUGUUACAUCUUCCCACUGUUAUUCCAUUAAUUUCUUAUAGUUCCCAGCAUCCAGCGUCCAUGAUAUGCCAUGCAUAUGUGGCAGCAUUCAGUGUUCAACCCCAUACUGUGGCCUCCAUUGCCAAGAACUAAAGGCCUCUUGGUCCCCCUCCUGCAAUUCUUCACAUAACAACUGAUUUAUGGAAUUCACUGCCAUAAGGUGUUAUGACCACCAGCUUAGGUGGUUUAAAGGAUUAUACAAAUUCAUCAUGGAGGAUAUGUCUGUCAAUUGAUAUUGCUAUGGGCAGCUAUGCUAUCCCCAUAUUCAGAGGCAGUGUGCUGCUGAAUACCAGUGGUUGGGGAGCAACAACAGGGGACGGCUCUUGCUUUUGUGCCCUGCUUGUGGUCUUCCUAAAAGUAUCUGGUUGGGCACUGUUGAAACAAGAUGCUGGAAGAUGAAGCCUUGCGCUGGUCACGGAUGGCCUCAUUCAUAAUGUCAAUGUAACAGCAGCAAACGAAUUCUCCAGGCCCUGCUGCAUGGUGUAACCAGUUAACAUGGCAAUGAUACAAUCACCAUGCACCAUGACAGAUAACUAGGCACCUGGCAAUGGUUCCAGUUUUCUUACAGGCUUCAGCAAACAAACAAAAUCAAACUAGUAGGGUACAAUUACUGCAUGGGCGUAGCCAGGAUUUAUGUUAAUGAGUGGGGGCGGACCAAGCUACCUGUGAUGUGAUUGGUCAAUUCACGGAAUUCAGGCCUAUCGCUCAGUAGGGUUGCCAGCUGUGUCACUAGAAUCCGCCACAGUAUCGUCCAAGUGACCUCAGCAAACAUUUCAAUUUCAAAUAUUCUGAUUCUUUCUACUUUUAGUUAAGUAUUUUUAUUUAUUUACUUGACCCCCUGGCCACACCCAUGAGCUUCUGCCUGUUUGUAUUACUAGAGAAACCUAGGGAAUCACUAGGUUAGUAAGUUCUGAAGCCUGCUUAAAUUUUGCUGUCCUUCUGCCUCUCUUGGACAGGCCUCACAUUGGGGCUUCAGACCUGAGCUUCUUCCUGGUGAUGCCAGUGCAACGGGUCACAAAAUACCCACUGCUGCUGCAGAAGAUAUUGGAAAAUACCCCAGUCAGCGACAGUGCCUAUGGAGCUCUCCAAGCUGCAGCUGCUGCUAUGACAGACGUCAAUGCCAAUAUCAAUGAGUACAAAAGACGCAAGGAAGUAGGUGAGGCAAAUGGAUGCUCUCUGGACACCAUCUGCUCUACUCCAGGAGCCCUGUACUGUGUGGGUGGUUUCAGUCACUUGGGCUUGUUUAUUCUCCUGAAGCCACUCUGGGCAUACGUUUGAUGCCUCCUUGUGGGACCCUGAGGUCUACAUUGAGUGGGUUACCCCAAGGAUGGCUGUGUCUCAAUAAUGACAAGAAAAAAUGUAGACAGCGUAAAAAAGAAAAUAUUUUUUAAAAAUGGUUGUAUUGAGCUAUGUUUUACUCAGAGUAAGCCCACUGAAAUUAAUGAACAUGGCAAACUUACUUGUUUUAUUUAAUUAUUUCAUAUAAUUUAUAAACAGUUUGAGUGUAGAAAAAAAUUCCUCACAGCAGUUUUCAGAAAGAGUGAAACAAAUUUAUCAGUAAAAACACUUUAAAACAGAUAUCUGAAACAUUCAAAUAAUAAUUAAACUCAGCAAUAAGCUAAACACAGAUUAAAAUACAUGCAAGCAUUCUAUAUAUCUUGGUAGGCUUGCCUAAACAAAAAGGUUUUUAGCAGGCACCAAAAAGAGUACAGUGGAUGCGCUGAUGUCAAACUUAGUUGAAUAUCAUUCAGUAACUCUAACGUCAGUUCCACCUCCGCACUGAGAGUAGUUUGCUAAACCAGCCCAAAGAAAAUUAAUAGGCUAAGAAUCAGGAACCAUAUACAGACAAUUGGAUAUGGAUCUGAACCAUCCAAAUCCAAAUCAUUAUUACGGUCAUAGACCUCCAUAAGUAAAAGCACCUCCAUACAUAAAUAAAACAUGCUAGAUUGGCAAUAGGCAACUGCAGAAGUAGAGGGUACAUACACUCAUUCUCUCAGUUACAGUAGACCAGCAUAAGAUAAAGACACACAAUAGACAGCAUGAUCUCUUGAUAGCUAAUUUUUUGCUCAGUGUUAUGGACGCCCACACCCACGCCCACACAAACACAAUCAUGCAAACACAUGAAGAAAGCAUCCUUCCAUUUUGCUUUGGAGCUCUUGCCCAGUUACACCUGAGGAGUUGGGCUGAGUAUCCCCUGUCGAGCUGGCAAAGUUAGCACUGAAGCAAAAGGGGCAGAGUGUGCACCUCCCUUAACUGUGGUCUCAGAAGAUGGACGCAGUACAUGCUAAAAAAACAAAGGCAGCUAUUUUCUCUCAUUAAAAAAAGCCACAGUAGGGCAAUUCCUUUUUUAGGCCAACCAAAAUUUCACAAAACAGUGUGCAAGGUUUUGAGUCCUCUGCAACUCUUCACCAGGCUAGAUGGUAAACAAAGCAGAGUGAAAGGGUAACAGGGAAGGGUAACAGAAAGAGACGAGAGGUGUGUGAGAAUCCCAAUAAUUAAUUGAUAUGCUGCUUCCUUGAAAGUGGUCAACCCAAGAAAUAUUUUUCUUACCAAUCCUUUUUGAAUGCAACAGUUGUACUAAUGUUGAUGUACUAAUGAAGAACUGUAACAGAGAAGCAAGUAAAAAUAAAAUAAGAGAGAGAGAGAGAGAGAGAGAGAGAGAGAGAGAGAGAGAGAAAGAAAGAAAGAAAGAAAGAAAGAGGCCAACUCAGCAAAUCCUUCAGGGCAAUCUCAGGGCCAGUUUUAAUUGAAAGAUAGCUGAUACUUUAAAACAGAACAAGGUGCUUCUCCGCCACCAAAACCCUGUCUCAGAAACUACAUUAUAGUCUUCUUUUUGUAUUGGGACGGUGUUCUGUAUCACCAAAUGCCCAGGGCAUUCAUUUCCACCUUGUGUAAUGUGCUCCUUCCCUGUUUUCCUACCUUCUAACCCGUGUGACAUGAGAAUAGCAAAUAAAUAUAACAAGCCUGGGUAUCUGACUCUGCGGGAACGCCUGGCUCGCCUCAACCCCCACUCCAUUGCCAAGAAGACCACACGACUGAGCCGCCUCUUUAUGCAGGAGGCUGGAAUUGUGCCUAAGGUGAGUGCCCUGUGCUUGUCUUGUCUCCACUAUCCCAGUGAAAUGGUGGGCUGGCAGAAUCCUAGAGUGGCAAGGGAGGGUGAAUUCAGGACACACGCACAAACUGGCUGUUGGAAAAGCAUUCUUCUAUGCCACCCAUAGUUUCUAUUUCAUCAGACUGAACUCACUGACUUGAUGUCUUCAGGCGGCUUCAUAGAUAGCAAUAAGCUAUCACAUUUUAGCCUCUCUGAGCUCAUGCAAUUGGUUUUGGGAUCAUGACAUCAACAUUGAGGAGAUCACAUAACAGCACCCACUUGUGACCUGGCCAGGAGUGUUUCUUUCAUAAUUAACGGCAACACCAGUAAUUUGUGCAGUGUGGUAAGCACGCAGAGCGUUUUCCUGUCCUCAUCACAUUCCUGCCGAGGUAUCAAGCUCAAGGUGGUUCCUGUUUUAUAGAAGUUGAAGCCCUUUGACCCUGCUUAAGAACAGCCGAUCAGUCAUUAACCACAAUGGGAAGCUGGGCUGGCAAUCUGAAACGAAGUCAUGGUUCUUUCCAUCAGCAGAAAAAUUAGCAGUGUCAGGGCAUUGCAACCUGGUUUAUGUGGUUUCUGAAGUAAGUGUGAGAAUGAACUGAAAGAAUCCGGGGGGGGGGGGGGAAUUCAGGAAUUGCAAUAAAUCCUCUUGGCCUUUUUAUUUCAGUUUUAAUCUGUAUAGUUUUAAAUUUAAUCUCCUCUCUCCAUGUCCUAGUAGUCAUAGGAAAGUAAGAAGCUACUGUAUACCGAGUCAGACCACUGGUUGGGUUCAGUCAGUAUUGUCUAGAUUGAGUGGCAGCAGCUCUCCAGUUUUUCAGACAAGGGUCUCUCCCAGGCGUGCCUGGAGAUGCCAGGGACUGAACCAGAGACCUUCUGCAUGCAAAGCAGGUGCUCUGCCACUGAGCUACGGCCCUUCUCCAUAGUUCUUAUUUUUUAAUCUUAAUUUUUUAUUAGCAUAAUUUGAAAAUAAAAUGAAAUCAUUCCUUUCAAUAUCCCAACUCUGCUGCUUAUGCAGCAGGUAUACAACAGGAAAAUGUUAUCAGGCACCAGGGCACUUCAGAGGUACAGAAGAAGAAUUCACAUAGCAAGUCGUAUAUUAGGUAUUUAGUUUCCUGCUGAUCUAAGGUGUGCAUAUAUCAGGAAUGAUGUUUAAUUUCCUGGAAGACUCCAAAGGCGACAGGUGCUUGUUUUGUGUAAAUAAUAAUAAUUCAUUAAUGUUUUGUUCAACACUGCAUGAGAGGUGCAACAGAGCUUCCUCUCCUGUCCUUGUGCACCCCUGAAAUCUGCUCCAUGGCACCCCCAGCCCUCUUGAGCAGAUUUUGGGGGUGGGGCUGCAGAGGAGAGGAGAAGGAAGUUCCACUGAACAAGUAGAAGUCUGUCACAUGAACAGAACGGUAGUAUUGGAUUCAACCCAUUAUUUGCAAUAUAAAUGUAAAGCAAUGAUGCACAGGCAUCACUAUGUACUGUUGCUACCAUGCCAACACAUUUAGUGUCUCAUCUUCUCUCCUAGCAUUCUAUAACCUAAGGCUAACCCUUUGCUGUCCAUUGGGGGUAUAAUAUAAUUUCCUCUCUCUGGUCUUUAGACAAAGGACAAAGAGUUUGACACACUGGAAGAAAAGUUCCAAGAGUUGUCAUCAGCUGUAGCCGAUCUGAAGGAGAAUGUGGCCUCUUUCCUGAGCAACACAGAGGUAUUAAUAUUCAUUUAUCUCAUGUUGAAGCUAGCUCAUGGGAUAAGUACACAGAGUACUCAGCAGGGAUUUCUUAGAGUACCCUUGACAACCCAUCAUUGUCUCUGACAACGUUUCAGUAGCUGGUCAGAAAGUACUUGGAGAAUCAUGACUGAGGUCUGCCCAUUUGUAUCAGAGUUAAAACUUUUAGUUUGCAUGUAAGUGCCUGGGCCCAUUAGUUCUGAUUUCCGCAAGCCACAGAGAAACAGCACUAAUCCAAAUUCAAUUUGGGGAAAUGAGUCUGCAUGAGGGAUCUAGCAGGAAUAUUUUUAUGCUCUUAAAAUGGCUGCAGAUGCACAUCUUUACAUUGGAGAACAUUUUCAGAUGCUAGUCUGACAUAAACACCUGGCUACAUCUUUGGGGUCUUCCUUGCCAUCUGUGCAUUUCAGGUUCAUAUCUGCGGAUGGGAUGCUCAUCCACAAUUCCUCCGGUAUAUUAACAGGUAAUUGAAAGGAAAGGAGUAAGUAUGAAUAAAUGCUCUUCUGGGAGGGAAGCUGUAAUCUUCCUGCAGGAAUUGAGAUAGUUUCCACCAGUAUAGAUUUUGAAAGCAGAUAGGGAACCAAACCUUAGGAAACACAUCAAUCUUUCUUCCGCUGAGCCUGAGAGAUGGCCUGUUUCACAGUUUAACCUUUCAUUGUAGUAUUAUUGCUUCAUGCCCAGUCUGCUCUGGUGUUUUGCUAACAAGAAAAUGAAUCAGAAACAGUGUCCUCAAAGCUAACAGUGCUUGGCACAUGCUGCAAUCCCCUGCUCUUGAGAUUCAGCAUGUCAAACAUACUCAGGCUCCAUGCCCUGGGGGAGAUCCUGUUGGAGGUGUGAAUAAACUCCCGGGAUUAUAUGAACCAAGGGCGGAAACAGCCUGACCUCCAAAUGCAUUGUUUGGCAGGUUGACAACAGCUUUUAAAUUGCUCUGCUUUUCUCUUCCUCAUACAUCUGCAAGUAUCAGUCCUUGGCCACAAACAAAGAGCCCAGACUUCACCCUCAAGCACAGUCUCAACAUUACGGAGUUCAGAAUGCACUUCUUGAAAGAGGUUAGACAGAGGGCUUAAACACACUUCCACUUGUCCCAUGCCUGGAAAGCAUGGGUCCAAACAUUUUUUCCCUUGCCCCACUCCUUUCCCAGGGAGAAUCCGCUCUUUAGCUGUAAUUGGGAGCAAAUAGCAAUCCACAGAAAACCCAAAUUGCCAUUUGCUCCGAUUGAGCUCUAAAGAGCAGUUUUCUCCAGGGGAAAGUUGCAGGACAAGAGGAAGUAUGGAUGAGCCCAGAGUGACCAGAAAAUCCUCCCACUUUCUUUAUUCUCAUAACUGAUUCUGAUGCUUUCUUUCACAAGACUCUAUUUUCCUUAGGACAGAUACAUCCCCACACCAGAUCUAUCCCAUAGGGGUACUUUGGAGCACAAUGGCUGUGUACACAUUGCCAUCUUAAAGUGCAGCUAGGCCAUUCAUUUUUCAAUUUGGAUCCACUGGGAUAGCAGGGCCCAAUUGCCUACUGAAACCCUUUUGAAUGUGGUGAGCAGCAUUUGGGUGGUGAAUCUUUGCUGCAGUCACACACAGAGAGAUGCUUGUAGAUGAGAAAAUGAUAAUGUUAUUUGUUUUAGGAAAUACAUAACAUGGAUGGGAAAGUUUCAAGUUCUGACCUAACUAAUUAGCCUAGGAGGACAGGGCAGUCAUGUCUGCUCCUUUGUUCUCUUAGAGGAAAGCAGGAAGAUGACCCUCUUAUCUUGAAGUCGAAGAGAGGAGUGUGAGGAGGAGCAGGAAGUUGUAAACAGGAUGCAACAUAUCAGUCUAAGAAACAAGGGGAUAGAGAAGAAGUAGGUUGACAGGUUAAAGGUACAGGGAUAGUCUGGGAAUAUUUAUGUUCCUCACUCUUCUUUGUGUUAACCCAUGCAAAUCCCUCUUCUGCAAAUGCAUCAAAAUGCAAUAUUUCAUUCAAAAUGAAAGGGUAGAUACAGAAUAGAUGUGGAUUGUGGUUAACAUUGUGUGUACACCACUUCCCAAAGCAGAAGUGGGAGCUCACUGGAUGCAGAGGAAACAGAAGUGUGCCCAUCUAAAAACACACUUGCCACUGAGAAUUGGUGUGAACGGCUCCACACAAUAGGCUGCUUCACUCAUUCUUUGAGUAGGUUACGUUUCUGAAGUAGGAGCUGGCUGAAAUCAGAAAAAUUAAAAAUAUGUUGACUUUGCUGUUAGUUACACAAAGUGGUGAUCUGUGAUCACAAUUCACUGCUUUGCAGAUUCUAUGGUUUUGGGACUCUGCGGAAGUUUUUAUUGGUAUACAAUCAGUCUCACAGUAAUAAGUUAUGAGACUUCAGAGCACCAUCUAAAAUAGAUUUGUUGGUACUAAUGGCCCCAUUCAGUCACAUAUUUCACUGAUACUCUAAGCAGGUUAUGUAACCAAAACAGAAAGGAGAAGAAUGUUUGGACUUGAAGAUGAAAGACCACCCAGUGCAUUUUGAAGAAAGUCUCACGUCAGAUCUUCCUUUACUGGAUGAAUGCCAUAACUCAUGGUUCCUCUCUCAUAGCAUUGUUAGCUACCCAGUGUUUUGGAAAACCAGGAUACAGAUGGGUCAAUUAAUUGAAAAUUAAUUCCCUACUCUGGGACCGUAGGGAGCUGCUUUCUACCAGGUCAGAAUACUGGUCCAUCUAGUUCAGUAUUGGCGACACUGCCUAGCAGCAAAAACAUAUCUUAAUCACUUCUUCAUGUAAUCAGGAUCUUUUCUUUGUCUCUUAGGUGUUCCUCAGCUAUAAACCGCAUGAGAACGAACUAGGAACAGAAGGAGGGACUAUCCAACAAUAUUGCCAGCUUGCAGGAAAACUCCACAGCACUAUCUUUGCUGAGUUUGUAAGUAACGUCUUGGUUCUUUCUAGUUACAGCCUGGUUGUGGUGUAGGGAGGAAGAAUGUAGCAGAUCUACCUUCCUCCAUCCUGGCUGCUUCAGAGCUUUUCCAUUUCCUGGUAGCAAUUUGAUGGCUGCUUAUCUCUGAAUCAUCCAGAACACAUGUUCUACUGCUCUAUAACAUCUGCCUUGAUUCUACAAACACUGAAAGUUUGGCUGUUUACACACUCCUGCUUACUAUAAAUCCAGUGCAUCCCCACUGCUAGUUUAGGAAGCAGUGUGCACACAGCAUUCACCACAAACCCAUCUCUCUUCUAUAUCUACCCUGUUACUUCUUAUGAAAUACUGCAUUCCGCCCUCCAACUUCAAUUUGAAUUUGGGGGGGUGGGGAGAGACCUGGCUGUAUACAUAGCCUUUGACUGUAUUCUGACCCAUGUUGCUCAUUGUUGUAAAAUGAUGCCGCAAAUCUUUGUUAGGAACUGGGUUCCUUUGGGCUUGGGCUGUUCAUGUUGCAUAACAGGUGAGAAGGUGGAGUCUGGUGAUGGGACCCAGAGCAUGUUCCUUGACCUUUUGGAGCAAGAAUUCCUCAGCACUUCCCUAGCGGAACCCCAAAGGGCCCCAGUCCCCGAUGCCUCCCAUCUGCUGAGUCAGGGGAAGCCAGGAUUUCAGAACUGUAUUUGAUUUUCCUUGCUUUGCAGAGGAGACGACUGGAGAACCUGGUGUACCUUCCGCUGGUCAACUUGUCAGAGACUCUGAAAGGGCCUCAAAAACUGAUCAAGAAGCGCUUGGACAAGCAGCUGGACUAUGAGGAAUUUGAGGAGAAGAGGAACGAGACAGGCAGUGUGACAUAUGAAGAGGAGGCUGCCAUGAAUACCUAUCUCGCCAUAAAUUCGCUGCUUGUGUCUGAGCUCCCGGUGUUCAACCAGGUGGCCCGGCAGUGGCUGGGGCAUAUUCUGCGUACUUUUGUGGCCCUUCUGAGGGAUCUGGCCAAGCAAGUUCUCCAAGAGGCAGAACGGGAGGCUACCCAGGUAAAAAAAUUGGAAGGGAGGAUGAGGAUGUGGGGUUAUGGUGUUUGUGCCUAGAGACAACAGAUAACUGUAUUGCCUCCCAGGCUUAGGGACAUACAUGCACUGGCGGAUGGAGUGGGAAAGGGUGCUUAGUGAAACUAUCAUCUCAGUUAAAGAUGGUUCCCAGGCUCUACCUCUUGGUCAUAUGAAUGGGUGACCAAGAAAGGGACCCCGGGUUUGGACUGUGACAUUUGCUACGUUACCAGCGAGGCUGUUGGGGAAAGACUAAAAGCCGCUUCCCCUCUCCUCAAACAGUUCAAUAGAGAGAGGAAAUAGGCUUAACUGUGGCUAACAGGUGCCCACUGCCCUCUCUCUUCCUUCCUCCCUGCUUCUGAUAACAAUGAGCAUUACACUAGCAUCUAUUAGCAUAUUUAUUAAAGAGAUCUUCCAUUUAUAUCCAUGAAGCCGUAUGCCUUUUCUUUGGAGAGCUGAUUCUGUUCCUCCUGCCCAGCCAGAGACAUGUGCUUCAGCAGUGUUAGAAUCCUGCCCAAGCAGUGAGUCACCUGACUAAGACAGGCUUGUUCUCAAUCUCUCGGAGACUCUCCAAAUUUUAAAAGACUCAGAGUUUCAGAUCCUUAUAUGAUCCUUUCCCACACCACCAGCCUUUCAACGCCCUUUCCUGCUAUGCCAGGAUCUGUGCUUGCUGCUUCUGUUUUUCACCCAGAUCUGGUAAGCUGCCCCACUGCCUGCUCCACAAGCAACAGUUGAACAUAUUUUAGUUAAUUGUUUCUAAUUUAGUCAUGCCUAUUAAUUUCAAUGGGUCUUCUCUGAGUAAACUUAAAUAGCAUACCACCCAGUGAGCAAGACUCAGCUAAUGAGCCUGUUAGCGGAUGCUCUCUGCAAGGACAUGUGCAGCAGGGUUGCCCUGUCUCUCUGCCCUGCAAACGUAGCUCAGGGCAGGUUGGGAGAACACCUGAAACAGGACAUGGAGGACAAGAGAGGAGGGAUCCUUCCAUUUGGCAAGCCAAAAGCCUUGCCCCGAAGGAACUGUCAGCUUAGAGCGAGGUUGAAUUCCUCCAAAUAUGACAUCAUUGCCUUGCCACUGUGUGCUUGAGGCAAUGCACUAUAAUGUAAACCAGCAAUAAAACUAACUAGUCUGUGCCCUUUUUUCACAUGUUAAACUCACAAAACCACGAAAACCAACUUGCGAAGGUGCUUUUGCAGACAGCUGAAAACAUGCAGUGUGGAUGCUUGCUUGGGAGAGGUUCUUCCAUAACAUGGGCCCCACCAUUGAGAAAGCCCUGCUGGAUUCACUAGAAGAACGUACUACCUUAAUAAAUCAAAAUACAGAACAAUAGCUCUUUUGGAUCACACUGAAACUCUCAUUUAUUCCCCAGAAGGAAACUGCACAAGCAGGUCAUGAAGGCAAUAGCCCUUCCCCAAUUCGUACCCAAGCAACUGGUAUUCCGAGGUAUAUUGCUUCUGAACAUGGAGGUUCUGUAUAGCCUUUGCAAGAAAUAGCCAUGGAUAGCCCUAAUCUCUAGAAAUCUGACUAAUCUUCUUUUAAAGCCAUUUAAAUCAGGAGUCUUUACCAUUUCUGGGGGCAGGAGUGUAUCAUACAUUAAUGAUGCAUUGUGUGAAGAGGUGCUUUCUUCACUGAGUGAUACAGCACUCUUGGAUUCUUCUGGGACAGGGAGAAAUUAUAUAUAUAUCUCCAUCUCCGCACCAUACAUCGUUUUAUAAAUCAACUACAGAGAGCAGGACUUGCCUUGCAGUCCCAAUGGCUAUAGGAGAUUACUUCCUUCUCACAACCUCAUCCCUUCCACACACAAAAGGAUGCAAUUCAUCUCUGUCCCUCUUCCAGUGACUGUAAACAAAGAAGGAGCAAGGAAAAUGCAAAGUAAGCACUGGCAGAGACAUAUGCUGCACACAACAGGAUGGACUUAGCUUGCAAACAGGAUGGAUCUUUUGCAUGCUUUCAGAAACCUCUAGCAAAAUUUAUAUUUGUACAUAAAAUCCGCUACGAAUCUCAUCAUUAUCUUCUGUUAUUAUCUUAUUUUUUUAAUAUAAAAAGUACCUUUCUCUGCUUUCCAUAAUUCACCCCCACCCACCCCCCAAAAUCUCCAAUUAAUUAUAAGGUUCUUCUUUACAGCUGCCACACAGACACCUCCCUGCACCUGAUUUUGGGAAGAUGGUGAAGGACUCUUUAAGCCAGGCUGAAGCUCAGCUCUACUCCUACUGCAAGAAAUUUGAGACUGUUAUGCCAAGCUCUGUUGCAGAGGUAGGAGACUGAUGAAGGUUAGAGGGUGUUCCUGCAACCUUUCUUCCCCCGCCUCUCCCACAACUCCCCAGACACGAUGGCUGAUUGAUACAUUAAUAUGUGGCAUGCGCAUAGAGGGGGGAAGUUACUCAUACCAGUGGUGUUGUUGCUGCUAUCCACCAGGUCCCCAUGACACUUGCAUAAGACUAUUCUUCACUAUAUAUGUCCUAGUUUCAGGCAGUAACUGGAUUCCCACCCUACCCCCGUAUGCUAAUAAAAUAUUGGAAUUUCAGUACUCAGGAACCACAAUAAUCCCAAGGCAAAAUACCAAAACAAAAAUGAAACAGAACCAACUCUUGGACAGGAUCAGGCAGGCAGCAAAAGGCAGCAGGUUUCAGAAUAUCCUUACAGGGAAACAAACUGUCUGUUUGAACAUUAUAGUUUCUCACUCUUGCACACUAAAAUGUAUUGUGGGCUGUCUCUCAGGCAAGGUGUUUGUAUCCCCUGCAUUCUGUGAUUAACUACUGUGCAUUUAUUUUUAUUUAAGUAAAUGUUUAUAAAGGCCUUAGCACUAGCAUUCCACAGCCACCCCCAGCCCAGAGGAUCUCUGUGGAAGGAGUGCAGCUCUGAGUACAGAAGCAAAUGCAAAUAAUUUCCUUCCCCUUUUCCCAUCAGAGUUUUUAUUCACAGCUAAAUUCUGCAACAGUAUAGCUCAUCUUUAACCCACAAAACGUCUGCUUCCUCAGUGCUUCCCGGCUGCAAUUUUAACUCUUAUUUUCUUAAAAAUAACAUAAAUCUACCCCAUAGGAAGCAUAUAUCCUGUUAGGUUAUCUGCACAAACCCACUGUUCAAUGCAGUAAAAUGUAAAGAAUUGGUUCAAUUUGCAGGAUUUGUUUCAUCAUCUUCUAAGAUAUUUUGGUUCAGAUGUGGCUGCACCCUACUUAUGAUGACUCAUCCUCCAGUGCACUAACGUGGUCGCACAGUUGACUGCAGAAAAAUGUUUCUGACCCACUUCUCCCUGUGUCUUUUCAGCAGCCUCUUAGCCCUGCAGAGGAGAGGAAAGUCCAUUUGCUCAUGAGCAAACAUGGCCCAGAAAAGCUAUAUCAAGUGACAAGCAACACCAGCGGCAGCAAAAACAUGGACUUGGUAUUGCAGAGGGGGCAGAUUGUGGCUCUCUUGCAUGACAGGGACACCAAGGGCAACACUAACCGAUGGCUGGUGGAUAGUGGAGGUACGGUAAGGGUUGCAACUACACACCUAAACCUUUUAUUUGCUACCAAGGACCUCACCAGGUCAGUACUUAUGACACAGAUCUCCCUGCCUUAGGGUGUGACAAUUGCAUCUGUCAUGAUGAACUCCUGCACUUCUAAAUGGACUGCUACACUGCUGUUCAUGGUCAUGGGAUGCCUAGGCGCAGGGGUGCAGCUCAUAUAAAGUAAGGGAGCCCAGUGACCCAUUGAACAUACUGGAGGGGGAAAAGUCUUCAGGCACAUGUGGGGUAGCUGGACUGAAGCAUGCUUGAUGCUCCCAGAAGGCUCCAUGUGUAUUGUCUAGUGCACACAUUACUGCAGAAAAAGAAAGAGCAGCAAGUACAUGGCCAACCCUGUCUCAGCAGACACCCUGCUGCAAUUGCCUGGGCCAGAACAACAACAAAAAAAGAUAACUAGCUGAAAAGUGGCAGGCCAGCUGCUAGUGGCAAGCCCAUUAAGCUCAGGGGAAUGGAGAGGAUGGGUGGUGGCUGGCCUGCAAGCUGCCUGCUCCUUGUUUGAGCCUCAUUGAGAACAGGGUCAGAGAAUAUCUACACCUUUUCCUUUCUUCCCAAACCCUCCUUUCCCUUUUUGCUUUGUGUCUUUUUCUGAAUACUGCUCCUCUCUCCACCCCUUCCUCCUUCCUCUUCCUGCACUGGUUUUCCUACCACUCUAUUAAUCUUUCUUUGUACUUUCCAAAUUACUCCUUCCACCACUUAUUCCCCCCCCCCCCCGCAUUGCUUCCAAAUCCUCCCCUUCUCACAUCUUGUUCCAAGUUCCACCUUUCUCUGUCUUUGACUUCCUUUAUAUAAUUUGUUCCCGAGGUCAACAUCCUGCACUUGUUUCUUAUUCCUCCCCACCACUCUGUUCUUCUUUCCUUCCACUAGUACAAACCACACAUCCUUUCUCUCUCCCACACAAGAGCAGUGCCUUUCUGCCUGCCUUUUCCCUCCCCGCCCAUUACAAAUCUUUCCAAUAAUGCCAAACCCUUUCAUUCUCUUCACUGUAUUUAUAGUCCACCCAUCAAUCCAAAUUAUCAAAAAGAAAACUGCUGUACCCGAUGAGAGGACCCUGCUGCUCAGCUUGACCAUAAUGGUUUUAUGUGCCCUACAGGACCAAGAGGUUAUGUAUCACCUGGGAAACUCCAGCCAUAUCAUCUAGUCCAAAACCCAAAACCCAGAAUGCAGGUGUCAGUCCCAGGUGGUAGUGGUGAACAGAUGCAUCACCCUUACAACUUGCCCCAAGCUCCCAGCCCAGCACUUCAUUUCAGGACACAGGCUUUACAUGUGAGUAGAAAAUUUCAGCAAUGAAUCUUCUUUUAAUUCUUUUCAUUCAUUUAUUCCCAGCAUAUUGUGGCAUAGAUACAUGUGUACAUGGCUGGGCAGUGGCGGAUGGAAGGAAUUUUGCGGUACUGUUGGGUACAUCUGUAUUUCAGAUAUGCAAACUUGUGCAACCAUCCCAAUAUAAUGUGGGUAUUAUGUUUAAAAGAUGAUCUCGGCUGGUGUGACAGAAACCUGGAAUAGCAUAGCCUUAGAAUAACCCAGCUACAUGGUUUGUGGCCAAGGCAUUUUGCUGCCUGAGGCAGAGCAACCAGUGGUGAACCUUGUGUGGGGUCCAAGUCAGCGCUGCUGCCCAACAACAUCCAGAAAGCACCAGGCCAAGGAAGACUGACCUGGCUACUGCUGUGCCAUAAACUUCAAUAUGCCUGCCUACCUCUCCAUGAUAUUCUUACAGCUGAGACAUGCACCCCAGAGGGGUAACCUAGUUUACCUCUGUGGCUGGGCAGCCCUUGUUUCUCCCUUCUCCUUUGUGUGGCAUAUGUAUGCAGUGUUAUUAUUCAAUCUCUGUGCUUUCCUCAGGUAGUUGCUGGUUAUCCAUUCGCAGCCAGGAGCAGUCAUGAGGUCAGCUUGCAAGCAGGUGAGCCAGUGACUGUGUUGGAACCUCAUGACAAGAAGGGAUGCACAGAGUGGAGCCUGGUGGAAGUGAAUGGCCAGAAGGGCUACGUGCCUUCCAGCUACUUGGUGACGGUGCCUAUCCCAGAACCACCUGGAUGGGGCUCACCUGCUUGGCCAUAUCCAGCGCCGCAGACAUAG